AUGGGGGCUUCAGUUCUUCCUGCCCGAAGGGUCCUUGAGAAGCCUGUUUGUUUUUCCCGGCGCUUGUCUCCACCCAUCCCUUUCUCUCAUUGGUCGGGCCUGGUGGGCGGGUGUGUUUCCAUUGGCCAGGGGGCGGUGUCUGUCCCUGGCCAGGGUGGGGGCGGGGCCUCCGCCGCGCUGAGCUUGCCCUUGUGUCUGGUGCUCUGUAGAGCUGCCGCCGCUGCUGCCGCCGCCGCCGACGCCGCCGCGCUGCCGCUGCCGCCACUGCCACUGCUGCUGCUGCAGCCCGAGCAUCCGGGAGCCGCCGCCGCCGCUGCUGCCACCAGCGCUGCUUCCACCGCUGCCACCUCCCCUCCCAGGACCCCGAGACAACCCGAGCGCGAGCGGCGGUGUUGCUUGCUUGCUCCCUCUCUCUCCGCACCCCUCCCCUCGGUGACCUACCCACUCCUUGCAGCCCUCGCCCGCACCUUCUCCGACACCCCGGCAUCUCUGCACCACCUGCUUGGGCAGCUCCGGCGGGCUCUGGGAGUUGCUGUGUGCGCUGAGAGGAAGGCAAGCUCCAAACCCGUGCCUGGCAGACGGGCUGUCGCGGCUGAACCACCAGCAGGAGGAGGAAGAGAAGAAACUAUUUCGCCCACCGAAACCCCAUUCUGCGGGUGCUUCGCCGCUGCCGCUUCUGCUGCCGCCGAUCCGCGUCCGCGGGUUCGAGCACCGCAGCGGCGGGGACUGUGGGUCCGGCGGGUGCCGGGAGGAGGACACCAGCGGAGCCCUGCACUCGAGUGCCCCGCUCACCAGCAUCUCCUUGCCCCCUCGUUCCUUCCCCAGCCCAUUAGAGAAGGGACCAUGAUUUGGAAACGCAGCGCCGUUCUCCGCUUCUACAGUGUCUGCGGGCUACUGCUACAAGGGGAUCGCAACCCUCGGCAUGGUGUGGGCCGCACCAGUGAGCGCACCGGCCAUCCCUAUAUGGGAUCUGAACCCCCGGCCUCGGAGCUACCAGCGCCGCACUCUCCCGAGUGA